AUGGAGGAUUCCUGUGCUCUCGAGGAGUCCUGUUGGACUCCUUUGCCGCCAGGAGAUCCGUUGCUGUGUGAGGCGCUGCAGCUGCUACUGCACUUCGUCUACUCCCCAGAUGCAACAGCAGCAACAGCUACACCAGCUGUCUCAGCACCAGCACCAGAAGCAGCUGCUGCUGCCGCAACUGCAGGAGAGAAGCUGUUUUGUAGCUCGCUGACGCCGAGGGUCCCUUCACCGCAGGUGACUCAGUCGCUGAACUCGCUGUUCAACAAUGCAGCAACAGCAGCAGCAGCAGCAGCAGAAGCUGCAGGCCCCCUUGGGGUGGCAAACAGCAACAACCAAAGAUUUGACAGCCAGUGGGUGCAAAGCCUUUGGAAAGUUCACUUCAGGCAGCACCUCGACCCCAGGUGCCGCGCCCUUGCAUCGAGAUCUGCUGCUGCAACGAGUGGAAUCGAUGGUGACUUACAAGUCAUGCAACACCUCGAAAGCCUGCAGCUGUUUGCUGCCUGCCUAAUGCAGGCAGCAGAGAACCUCGCGAAGGCUCGGACAGCAGCCAAGGCAGCACCAGCAACGGAGCCUUCAGCAGCAGCAGCAGCAGAAGAAGAAACAACCGCAACUACAGCAAUUGCAGGAAGGCAGAGCCGCCCGUCACCUGCAGCAGAAGAGGAGCGUGCUAAGCUGCUUUUAUUGCCCCCUCAUGCUGCCGCAGUUGCUGCGGUGUACGCGCAGCUGUGUUGUCUUUGGCUUAAUCAGCUAAUGCACCAGGAGCAACAGCUGCUGAUGGAUCAUCGCCAGGCCAGCGGAAUAGAGGGGAAACUUCAGCGUAUCUUACGGAUGGUGCAGCGGGUCCUUCUUCUUCUUUCUCCCCUCACUGUGUACUCACCAGACGGCAGCUGCAACAGGAGCAGCAGCAGCAGCAGCAAUAGCAGCAGCAGAAGCAGUAGUGCAGCCGUUGCCACCUGUUCCUCAGCACUGCUCUGUACUUGCUGGAGUGUGGCCGCUAAGCAGCAGGUGCAGGAGCGUUCAGAGCAGCAGCAGCAGCAGCAGCAGCAGCAGCAGCGAGACACUCCUGGUGCAACUGUGGCCUUAUGCUUUGCCCGCCGCUUCCUAAGGGGCCUCUUCCCUGCUGCAACUUUGACAUGUGUCACUGAAGAUGCAGCAGCGGCAGCAACAGCAGCAGCAGCAGCAGCAGCAGCGCGAGGCACGAGAAAACGAGACAACGCCGCACUUCUGAGGCAGUUUGCGGCGUUCACUUUAACAGAGGCCCCCCGCGACGCGCUUUUGCAGUCCAUUAGGCAGCAGGCACAGCAGCAGCAGCAGCAGCAGCUGUUGCUGCUGCUGGAGCAUCAAGAUGUCUCUCUACUGGAGGGGCCACUGCAGCUUUGCAUCUCCACUUUGUUGCAGUCGCAAGCAGACAACCCGACAGCAGCAGCAGCAGCAGCAACAGCAACAGCAGCAGCAGCAGCAGCAGCGGAAGGCCUUAGUUGGGGCAUUUCCACUCUCGGGCCUAAUUUAUGGAGGCUCCCAUGCGUGCAGCAUUUGCUUUUUGGCUCCUCUGUGCAGCAGGACCCAGCGCAGCAGCAGAAGCAGCAGCAACAGCAGCAGCAGCAAGAAUCGCUCGGAAAGCAACAGGGAGGAGAGCAAGGGGGGCAGUACCGGCUAUUCUGGCGGUUGCUGGAUCUGCUGCAGCAUCAGCAGUAUGUAGCGGCUUCGAUCCCUGUGGCGUCGUUGUUUGUGCAGCUGCUGCUAGACAGCCACUUCUGGAGACGGGGGGCCCCUGAAGUUUUGGGGGCCCCUGAGGGGUCACCGCACUGCUGCCGGGGGCUGCUGAUUUGCCUUGUGCUCGAGCUGCUGACUGAACAGGGGGAAAGGCAAAGGAAGGCUGCGUUGCAGCUGUUGCAGUGUUUACAAACAACUCCAGCUGCAGCAACUGCAGCUGCUGCAGCAGCUGCUGCAGCGGAGCGGCUGUGGAAGGUCUUUGACCGCAUCAAGCCACUCGCCAAGACAGCUCUGCUGCGCUCCUUGCUGCUGCAGCAGCACGAGCUGGCAGCCAAAGGGAGCAGGGGUGCCUUGAGGCAGCAGCAGCAGGCAAAUGACAAGCCGAAUACUUGCUGCUGUGCAUACACGUCGCCAGAGGGGCAGCUGCAGCAGCUGCAGCUGCAGCUGCGCUGCAUUCGUGCCGUGACAGAGGCAGAACUGGAACUGGAUGAGGACUGCAAGAAGACUUUGUAUCAGGCCCUCGCUUCUCUGGUGCAUGCAUUGGGAGCUGCUCGUGUGCUGCAGCUGCAGCCCUAUCUGCUGCACCACCUGCUGUCACAGCUGCAGAACAGGUCUCUGCGUUCGGCUGCUAUGCUGGCUCUGCGUGCCCUGUGUGAAGACCUCAGCAAGCAAGACAGACAGCAGCAGCAGCAGCAGCAGCGACGGCAGCAGCAACAACAGCAGCAGAAGCAAAAGGGAAAAGGGAGCACCCAGACGGCCCACCGCGAACGCAUACAGCAGCUCUGUCUUUUCCCCUCGACAAGCCUUCGGACCUUCUUGCUGGGCCCCCUACAGCACGCUCUGACGACAAGCAGCAGCAGCAACUGCUGCAGUGAAACAGGCCUGCUACAGCAGCAGCAACACCAAGAGGAACAGCAGCAGCAAGGGCCUCGGGAGUACGCGCUGUUGGUGCCCGUUCAGCUGCCAGCAACAGCAGAUGCCUCUCCUGGUGAGGCCCUAGACGAGACGAUGCUACCGUUCCUGCUGCGGCUGGAGCCUUCUGCAGCAGCCCCGCUGCUGCUGUGUCUCCGUGAGCAGCUACCGCUGGAGGCGAUCGAAGCCACAGCAGCAAGGACAGCAACAACGGCAACAGCAGCGAGAGCACCGCUGUCAGAGGCAGCGACAGUAGCAACAACGUCAGCAGCAGCAGCAGCAACCGAUGAGCGCCUGGAUAGCGUUGCAGUGGGUUGCGCUCUGUCUUCUCUUGGGGGCCCUGGGAGGCCCUGGAGCCCCAGUGAGGCGGCGCUGCUGGCAGCAGCGAGAGCUGCGGGGCUCGCGGCAUGGGAGGACACAGCGGAGCUUCAGGAGCUGCUGCCACACAGCGAAGCUCCGCUCGCUGCCACCAUUCAGGAACAGCCGCAGCAGCAGGUGCAGACGCAGAAGCAGCAGCAGCAGCAGCAGCGACAACAGCAACAGAUGCAGGUGCAGCUGCAGAUGCAGACACAGCAACAGACUAACGAUCAGGAGGGGCAGCAGCACCAGGCCCAGCAGCAGCAGCAGCAGCUGCAGCAGCAUCCUGUAUUGGAUCCACUGGAGGGCAUAAGGAGGCGAGUUAGGGGUGCGAUUGAGAUGGCGGUAUCGCUUAGGCAAGAUUAUUGUGCUGCAGGUACCCUGCAUCUGCAGCUGCUGCUGCAGCAGCUGUUCACGGAGCCAGCGGAAGCGGCUGCAGCUGCAGCAGCUGCUGCAGCAGCAGGCAGUGAUAGCCAGAAACCUGCAGACUCUGCAGCUUCUGCUGCUUCUGCUUGUUCUGGGGCUGCUCACUGCGGGCCACCCGCCUUUGUGCUGCAGCAGCAAACUGUUUUCUGUGCUGCACUCGAUGAGGCCCUUCAGCUGCUGCUGCCGUCAUCCCUGCACGCUACUGCAGGAGCGGAUGCUGUAGCCGCGCCACUGCCGAGCAACGAAAACAGCAACAGCAGCCCAAGUAGCAGCAGCAGGAACAGCAGCAGCAGCUGCUGCACGGGCCACGCUUGCGGGGAGCUGCUGCGGGUAUUGCGUAUACUGACAGCAGCAGCAGAAGUUCGUCUUGCUGCAGUGCAGCGGAGCCCCUUAGCGCUGGCUGAGCCGCAGAUGGGGCUGCACGGAAUCCUUGGGGUUCUGGAGCAACAGCAGCAAGCCAGGCAGUUGCAGCUGCAGAGAGGCAGUGCGCGCCUGGCGGGACUGGCAGCAGAGGCUGCUGCGACUGCUACUGAGCAUUUGCCGUUGUCUUACUUCUUUUGUUGCUGCUGGAGACGAAGAAGAUACACCCCAGCUGCCCCCGACAGACACAGACGCAGAUGCAGCAACAACAGCAACGGCAGCAGGCGAAGCAGCAACGAAAGCAACAGAGAUGAACGGACGUCAAGGGCCACUGGAGGGGACGGCCAACAGCCAGGCACCGGCUGCAGCAGCUGCUGCCCGGUCGACAGCCACGAGCCGCAGCGCCAACAGCCACAGCUGCAACAGCAGCACUUCGACCAGCAGCAGCAGCGGGAGCAACAGGAGCAGCAGCCACAGCAGCAACAGAAGCAGCAGGCUAUUCAGGUGGACUGUCGGGGGCAUCUGGUGGUUUGCCGCGAGGACGGCGGAGACACAGAAGCGCAGCAGCAGCUGCUGGCCUUUUGCUCCUGGAGGGCUGUGAAGGGCGCCACAGAAUGCCUUACGGCCCUAUGCAAGCUCGCUCCAUUCGAGCAGCCCACAGCAGCAGCAACGGCCGAGGAAGCUGCAGCAGCAGCAGCAACGACAGCAACAACAACACCAGCAGCAGCAACAGCAAGCAUAGGAGCAAACGGGGUUGCAGUAGGCACAGGAGAGCGGCACAGUACGGGGGAUCUGGAAGCGAAGGAGAUGCAACAAGAACAAAAACAACAACAGCAGCAGCAGCAGCAGCAGCAGCAGCAGCAGCAAUCGUUUUUGCUGCUGAGAGCUGAAGAGGUGGCUGCAUCAGCAAGUGAGGCAUUUGCUGCUGAUGUGCUGGGCUAUACACAGCAACCAUCUGCAGCCACAACCGCAGCACUGCAGCAGCAGCAGCACUAG